AUGGGUCACAUAGAACUGGCCUGCCCCGUUGCUCACAUUUGGAUGAUUAAGGAGCUUCCUCUUCCGGCCAAAAUCUCUCUAAUUCUGGGAGUUAAAUACAAGUGUAUAGAGGAGGUGGUCUAUUUCAAUAAUUACAUUGUUCUUGAUCCUGGAAAGGGAGCUCCUGGAAGUGAAGGACCUAUCUUUAAUAUUUUGGACAUCAUUGACGUUUCUGGCUCCAAGGCAUCGGCUCCCUCCAUGGCCAAACUAAGAAAUCUUUUGAGAAAUAUUUAUGAGAAUAUAGCCGCCAAUAAUCCAUCCAAAUAUCUAACUGACUAUGAUUACCAGCAAGGAAGAACCUACUAUAAAGCCCUAACAACCUCGAACCUUCCAUUCUCAAUAAUGGAUAUGUUCGAAUAUCUGGAGAAGCACACCGGAUUGCGUGUGGGAAUUGGUGCUGAAGCCAUCUAUGAAUUACUUCAGAGAGUUAACCUUGAAGAUCUCGAAUAUCAACUGACUCAGGAGUUAAAUUCCGGAUCAAGUAUCAAUCAUCUUGACCCCAAAGUUAGAAGAAUUCUUGCACGAUUGCGCGUGGUGAGAUGAUUCAAGGAAUCGGGAAAUAAACCUGAAUGGAUGAUCCUUAAGGUUAUUCCUGUUAUUCCUCCAAACCUUAGACCAAUCAUUCAAUUGGAUGGGGGACGAUUUACUGCUUCAGACAUAAAUACUUUCUAUAGAAGGAUCAUCGUAAGAAACGACAGAUUAGCCCGAAUUUUGAAAUUGGAUGCUUCUCACAUUAUUGCCAACAAUGAGAAACGAAUGCUUCAAGAGGCCGUAGACUCACUUAUAGAUAAUGCUAGCCGCAAGAAACCACUAACCUCUAAGGAUCGUAGACCACUUAAAUCCAUUACUGACCAUCUAAAGGGUAAACAGGGUCUCUUCCGUCAGAAUCUGCUUGGUAAGAGAGUUGACUACUCUGGUCGUUCAGUUAUCGUGGUUGGUCCGGAGUUGAAGAUGUACCAGGUGGGUCUUCCGAUACUUAUGAUUUUGACACUAUUUAAGCCAUUUAUUAUCGGUGAACUUGUAAGAAAGGUUGACGAGUUGGGGAACGAAAAGAUUCCAAUAGCUUUGAAUGUGAGGGCCGCCGACAAGAUGAUUAUGGAGCAGGCUGAUGAAAUUUGGCCAAUCGUUCAGAAGGUAAUCAAGGAAAGACCCGUCCUUCUAAACCGUGCUCCUACACUUCACAGAUUGGGUAUUCAAGCAUUUGAGCCCAUUAUGGUUGAGGGUAAGGCCAUCUGUCUUCACCCGUUAGUAACCACAGCUUUCAACGCCGACUUUGACGGUGACCAGAUGGCUGUACACCUUCCAUUGUCCAAAGAGGCCGUACAUGAGGCUAGAUCUCUUAUGCUUGCGCCAUGACAGGUUCUUGGUCCUAAAGACAGUAAACCAAUAGUUGCUCCUUCCCAAGAUAUGGUUCUUGGAAUUUAUCACCUGACAACUGAAAACAAGGAGGCUCAUGGAACUGGAAUCUUGUUUGCCACUGUUGAUGAGGUUGUAUCUGCAUUUCAGAUGAAGUAUGUUUCUCUUCACUCCAUAAUUUUCAUGCCAACCGAUGCUUUCCCUGAAAAACAAUUUUCCAGAGAUGGCAUCCUACUUACCACCCCUGGUAAGGUCAUAUUCAACAAAAUUCUUCCGCCGGAUUAUAAAUACGUAUCCAACCAGUCUUUAGGAGUAAACGAAGAGGACAUUUUCGAAUCUAAUUGGAAUCGAGAGGAGGCUGUGGCCAAUUACAAGGAAAAGGAGCCGUUCCAUAAGGGAGCAAUAAGUAAAUUGAUCGAGGAUUUAUACGACCACUACGGAUGCAUUACUCUGGCUCCUAUAUUGGACGAAAUCAAGAACCUUGGAUUUGAGUAUUCCACACACUCUUGUGUCACCAUUUCUGCAUUCGAUGUGCCAAAUUUCACCGAGAAGUAUCAGUGA